AGUGCAGUGGCAUCAUCUUGGCUCACAGCAAGCUCUGCCUCCCGGGUUCACGCCAUUCCCUUGCCUGAGCCUCCCGAGUAGCUGGGACUACAGGUGCCCGCCACCACGCCCGGCUAAUUUUUUGUAUUUUUAGUAGAGACGGGGUUUCACUGUGUUAGCCAGGAUGGUCUCGAUCUCCUGACUUUGUGAUCUGCCUGCCUCGGCCUCCCAAAGUGCUGGGAUUACAGGCAUGAGCCACCUCGCCCGGCCUAUUUAUUUUUUGACACAGAGUCUUGCUCUGUCGCCCAGGCCAGAGUGCAAUAAUGUGAUCUCCGCUCACCGCAACCUCUGCCUCCUGGGUUCAAGCGAUUCUCCUUCCUCAGCCUGCCAAGCAGCUGGGAUUACAGGUGCACACCACCACGCCCGGCUAAUUUUUUUUUUUGAGACGGAGUCUUGCUCUGUCACCCAGGCUGGAGCGCAGUGGCGCAAUCUUGGCUUACUGCAAUCUCCGCCUCCCGGGUUCAUGCCAUUCUCCUGCCUCAGCCUCCUCAGUAGAUGGGAUUACAGGUGCCCGCCACCACGCCCGGCUAAUUUUUUUGUAUUUUUUAGUAGAGACAGGGUUUCACCGUGUUAGCCAGGAUGGUCUCGAUCUCCUGACCUUGUGAUCUGCCUGCCUCGGCCUCCCAAAGUGCUGGGAUUGCAGGCGUGAGUCACCACGCCUGGCCAAUUAUUUGUAUUUUUAGUAGAGACGUGGUUUCACUAUGUUGGCCAGGCUGGUCUUGAACUACUGACCUGGUGAUCCACCUGCCUCGGCCUCCCAACGUGCUGGGAUUACAGGCGUGAGCCACUGCGCCUGGCGUAGACAACCCAAUUUUUAACAAAAGCAAAGAUUUUUAACAGGCACAUUCCAGAAGAGGGCAUGCUGACAGUUAACAGGCACAUGGGAAAAGUGGUCAAACAUGAGUAGCCAUCAACGACGUCCUACUACACUAAAAUGGAAAAAACGUUGCCGGACGUGGCCAUUUGCAAAUAUCGUUUCCUGGUCUGUGUCUUUUGAUUCUCCUGACAGCAUAUUUGAGUUAAUUUUUUAAUGUGUAAGGUAGGAGUGGAGGUCCUUAUUAAAAAUUGUUUAGGCUGGCUGUGUGGCUCAUGCCUGUAAUCACAGCACUUGGAGAGGCUGAAGUGGGAGGAUCAUUUGAGCCCAGGAAUUUGAGACCAGCUGGGCUAACAUGGCGAGACCCCGUCUCUACAAAAAAUAAGAAAAUUAGCUGGGUGUGGCACCACGCAUCUGUAGUCUCAGUUGUACAGGAGGCUGAGGCCAGAGGAUCACUUGAGCCCAGGAGAUUGAGGCUGCAGUGAGCCAUGAUUGCAGUGAGAUGUGAUCACAUCCAGUUACAUUUGAUUUUCAGAUAAACAACAGAAGUUUAGUAUAGGCUGGGGGCAGUGGCUCACACCUGUAAUCCCAGCACUUUAGGAAGCUGAGGCAGGUGGAUCACCUGAGGUCAGGAGUUCGAGACCGGCCUGGCCAAUAUGAUGAAACCCCGUCUCUACUAAAAAUACAAAAAAAUUAGCCGGGCGUGGUGGCGGGCGCCUAUAAUCCCAGCUACUCAGAAGGCUGAGGCAGGAGAAUCGCUUGAACCCGGGAGACGGAGGUUGCAGUGCGCCAAGAUUGUGCUGCUGCACUCCAGCCUGGGUGAUAAGAGUGAAACUCCAUCUCAAAAAAAAAAAAAAAAGAAAUUGGGGUUGUCUGUCUUUUCUCAUUGUUUCCAUUGUUUCUGGAUCUGUGUGUCAGAGAUGUGUACUGCACACAUCCUUUCUCCGCCUAGCUUUGUUUUCACUCUUGGUGGUCGCAGACAUCUUGGGGGCCACUUGAAGGAACUCUAAGCCGACCAGAGGCUGGGCUGGACUCAACGUUUGGCGCCCAGCCGGAGACCCCAGGGCCACCCUCCCCGGUUCCAUCCUGGGAGAGAAGAAACUUCCACUGUCCCAGUCUCUUCUGUGGUGACUUCUUUUGCUCAAGGGUUCACAAGGGCAGCAGACUGAUCUGCACAAGAGGGACUGAGCCUGGCUGCGGCCGUACCUGAUGCCUGUGCACACCUGUCCCUGGUGCAGGCCCUUCCCCUGCAGACUCGGUGACCUUGCCCUGUGAAGCUCACCAUGCCUGCUCCUUCUCAGAGUCCUCAUUUCUCCCUUUAACGCACACACUGUCAGCGCCUCCGUCUAGCCCGUGUCCUCCAGACCUUUGAGGUCAGGGGCCUCAAUUCCUGGCACAGCCCCUCCACUCCAGGCCUCCCAGAAACAGACUAGAGCAUCAGGAUGUGCACCGCCUGGGGUCCCACAGAGUGGUGCCCCCUUUUAGUGUCUUCUAGGCCCCUUAGUGACAGACGACAGAAAAUACCUCUCAGGUCACAGGUCACCCCUCUUUGAUGAAGAGUCCAUAGAAUUCUCUGCUGUGCUUUGCAAGCACUUUCUCUUCUGCACGUUUGGAACCUACCACGGCCUGUCGUGUCUUUCUCCUGGCCUCCUCGCGAGCUCAACCUACUGUCCGGUCCCGGGACCCCCUGCCCAGGGUCAGAGGGGCGCCUACCUAGCUCAGGGUCUUGGGCCAGAGGGAAUGGAGGAGGGAGCGAGGUCGACCGCUCAGCUGUCCGCCCAGUUUCGGAGGCGGCCACGCGAGGAUCAACUGUGCAACGGGUGGGGCCGCGGCUGACCGUGGUGGUCGCGGGGGCUGAGGACCAGAGGCUGCUGGGGGGGGCGGCGGUAUGAGCUAGGCGUCGGCGGUUGAGUCGGGCGCGGAGUCGGGGGCAGGAGGAGCGGGCGUGGAGGGUGCACACGAGGUCGAGGCGAGUCCGCGGGGGGAGGCGGGCAGAGCCUGAGCUCAGGUCUUUCUGCGUCUGGCGGAACGGGCCUGGGAGGGAUGGUUUUGCCAGAUACCAGGUGGACUAGGGUGAGCGCCCGAGGGCCGGGACGCACGCACGGGCCGGGUAGGAUGGCGCUGGCGUCGAUGCCCGCGCGCUUCAGGGCCUGGUCUGGCCGCCCCUCCAUCCUUGUCAGUUUCUCGGGUUGCGGACCCCGCGCGGCGCCGGGCGAUGCUGGCCUGCCCGUGGCCACCACCUCGCUUCAUUCCCGUCUCUUUGGGCCGCCGCAUUCGUCCCCGUGCCCGUCUCUCCCUGCGCAAAAUUCCAAGGUGAGCAAAUACUGGGCUCACGGUGGAGCGCCGCGGGGGCCCCCCUGAGCCGGGGCGGGUCGGGGGCGGGACCAGGGUCCGGCCGGGGCGUGCCCGAGGGGAGGGACUCCCCGGCUUGCGACCCGGCGUUGUCCGCGGUGCUCAGCGCCCUCCCGGGCGCGUGGGGGCCGGCGCGCCAUGGGGAACCGCAGCACCGCGGACGCGGACGGGCUGCUGGCUGGGCGCGGGCCGGACGCGGUGGCGGCUGCGGGGGCAUCUGCGGGGCUGGCUGGGCAGGGCGCGGCGGCGCUGGUGGGGGGCGUGCUGCUCAUCGGCGCGGUGCUCGCGGGGAACUCGCUCGUGUGCGUGAGCGUGGCCACCGAGCGCGCCCUGCAGACGCCCACCAACUCCUUCAUCGUGAGCCUGGCGGCCGCCGACCUCCUCCUUGCUCUCCUGGUGCUGCCGCUCUUCGUCUACUCCGAGGUCCAGGGUGGCGCGUGGCUGCUGAGCCCCCGCCUGUGCGACGCCCUCAUGGCCAUGGACGUCAUGCUGUGCACCGCCUCCAUCUUCAACCUGUGCGCCAUCAGCGUGGACAGGUUCGUGGCCGUGGCCGUGCCGCUGCGCUACAACCGGCAGGGUGGGAGCCGCCGGCAGCUGCUGCUCAUCGGCGCCACGUGGCUGCUGUCCGCGGCGGUAGCGGCGCCCGUACUGUGCGGCCUCAACGACGUGCGCGGCCGCGACCCCGCCGUGUGCCGCCUGGAGGACCGCGACUACGUGGUCUACUCGUCCGUGUGCUCCUUCUUCCUACCCUGCCCGCUCAUGCUGCUGCUCUACUGGGCCACGUUCCGCGGCCUGCAGCGCUGGGAGGUGGCACGUCGCGCCAAGCUGCACGGCCGCGCGCCCCGCCGACCCAGCGGCCCUGGCCCGCCUUCCCCCACGCCCCCCGCGCCCCGCCUCCCCCAGGACCUCUGCGUCCCUGACUGUGCGCCCCCCGCGCCCGGCCUUCCCCGGGGUCCCUGUGGCCCCGACUGCGCGUCCCCGGCGCCCGGCCUUCCCCAGGGUCCCUACGGCCCCGACUGUGUGCCCGCCGCGCCCGGCCUUCCCCGGGGUCCCUGUGGCCCCGACUGUACGCCCCCCGCGCCCGUCCUCCCCCCGGACCCCUGCGCCUCCAACUGUGCGCCCCCCGACGCCGUCAGAGCCGCCGCGCUCCCACCCCAGACCCGCAGGAGGCGGCGUGCCAAGAUCACCGGCCGGGAGCGCAAGGCCAUGAGGGUCCUGCCGGUGGUGGUCGGGGCCUUCCUGCUGUGCUGGACGCCCUUCUUCGUGGUGCACAUCACGCAGGCGCUGUGUCCUGCCUGCUCCGUGCCCCCGCGGCUGGUCAGCGCCGUCACCUGGCUGGGCUACGUCAACAGCGCCCUCAACCCCGUCAUCUACACUGUCUUCAACGCCGAGUUCCGCAACGUCUUCCGCAAGGCCCUGCGUGCCUGCUGCUGAGCCGGGCACCCCCGGACGCCCCCCGGCCUGAUGGCCAGGCCUCAGGGACCAAGGAGAUGGGGAGGGCGCUUUUGUAGGUGAAUUAAACAAAUUCUUGCCCAAA